AUGGAGAUUUUAUCGUUGAAACGUAAACAUCAUGCUGGUGAUGGUGAUAUCGAUGGGAAGAAGAGUAAACAAAGUUUGACUAAAAACAGAGAAGUCGCUACAGUACUAGUUAAGAAUUUACCAAAGAGUGCUAAUCAAACUAAACUCAGAAAGUAUUUCCAUGAUUGUGGCGACAUAGUUCAAAUUGAUGUUAUGGAAACUUUGGAUAAAGGUGGUAGAAUCGCUAGGAUUGAAUUUUCUAGUCAUGACGAAGUUCUUGCUGCAUUGACGAAAACUUAUAAGAAAUUUGGCCAAAAUGAAAUAACUGUAACAAAAUUAGAGAAUUGCACAAUUUGGUUGACAAAUUUUCCACCUAAUUAUAGAAUCCUAGAUUUAAGAAAUAUAUUUGUCCAAAAUAAUGUAUUGCCCUUAAGUAUACGGCUUCCAUCAUUAAGAUAUAAUAGCAAUAGAAGGUUUGCCUAUGUUGAUGUCAUAAGUCCUGACAUUGCUAAUGAAAUGGUAAAUUAUUUAAAUGAAAUGGUUAUUGAUGGGUUUAAGGUAGUGGCUAAAUUAUCAAAUCCGUUAGAGAAGUCGGAUCGUUCCGAUGCAGCUUUAUUGGAACAUAGAGAAAUAUACAUUACUAAUUUAGAUUCUGAUCAAAUUACAGAACAAAAACUAUCUGAAUGGUUUUCAAAAUUUGGAGAUAUUGAGCGUAUUAAAUUGGUUAAAAAUGAAAAUGAACCUGGAAAUACUAGUUAUGCAUUUAUCUCGUUUACCUCAUCCGAUUCAGCUACUAAAGCUUUAGAGUUGCAUAAGGAAACCCUUGAAGGGAAUACAAUUACAGUGACACUAGCAAACAAGAAGUCUUAUUUGGAAAGGCAAGAGGUGAAACGUAUUAUCUAUUCUAAUCGUAGACAGAAUGAUGAUUUGAUGAUUUCCUUGUAUCCCUUAAGUGACAAAACUUCGAAAUCUCAAGUAUCAGAACUAUUAACAACAAAUUUAAACAUUCAAGAGGCCGAUAUUAACAAAAUAUUAUUAGUCUCUGAUUAUCAAAGUGCUAUUGUUAUUAUGAAAAAUCGGCAAAUUGCUGCUAAAUGUUUAAUGGCAUUGGAUGGUAUACAAUUUCAAAAGAAGAAACUUCACUGUACUACAAUAGAUGGAAUGAAAAGAUCACAAGCACAAAGGCAAAAACCAAGUAGUAACCCUCAAACUACUUAUCCAUCAGAAAAUUUUAAUAUCACCUCAUCAAAGGUCCAAACAGCAUCAAAGAGUAAUAUAAACAAAAUUGAAGACAAUGGCUCUAAUCAGAAUGAUACAUCGACAAAGCCCAUGUCUAAUGAUGACUUCAGAAAAAUGUUCUUAGGCAAAUAG